GUCAUUUGCCUCUAAAAUGCAAAGUGGAUUAUGUAAAGUUGGCCCAAAUCAUCUUCCAGCGUCUGCUUAAUUGCCUGCCAUAACCAUCGCUCUUUUCAGCAUAUUGAGGUACAUUCAUCACAAGAAGCAAUGUCACGUUUUUGUGUGCUGGUAGGCUGUCUUUUGAAGGUUGCUCUUUAUUUUUUCUCUAAACAUGAGUGCCAGGCAAGUGAGUUUAACUUGCCAGGGGAUUAUAUACUUGGUGGAAUUUUUAAUGUGCAUUCAGCAAGCGUUGUCGUGAUUCCAAAAUCUCCUAUGGCAUUACAGUGCUACACACAACCCUUUUCAAUGUCAGCUUAUCAGAUGUUUGAGGUGAUGCGGUUUGCUGUAGAGCAGAUUAAUAACUCCAGCAACAUCCUGCCUACCGUCACUGUUGGAUACGAGAUCUUUGAUUAUUGCUUGAAGACCCGGAGUUUUCCCUCAAUCCUUGAUUUGAUCUCAAACGAAGGACAAAUAGAUGUGUCGGCCAAGCAAAGCAAGCAUAACGUUGUUGGUCUUGUGGGUGCAUAUGCAAGCUCACAAUCCAUGUCAGUUGCACCUUUAUUCAUGAUGGACCUCAUUCCAAUGAUUAGCUAUGCAUCCUCGAGCUACGAUCUAAGCAAUAAGUGGGUCUAUCCAAGUUUUUUGAGGACUGUACCAACCAACCAAGAUCUAAUUAUGGUUAUCAUUAAGCUCAUUCAGCAAUUUGGAUGGAAUUGGGUAGCUUUCAUUAGCAGCAACGAUGCGUACAGUCAAAACGGCCUUGAUUUAUUUCGCAGUAACAUCAAAGACACCAGCAUCUGCUUGGCCUAUUUCUAUGAACUUAAUUCAGCGUCCAAUUACUCCGAAGUUCUAAACAAGAUAGACUCACUCAGCAUCAAUGUGAUCAUAGUCUUCACGCAGGAACUCCCUGCCCAAGAAUUGGUCAAAACAGCUAUCAGAAUCAACAUUAGAGACAAAGUUUGGAUAGCGGGUGAUACAUGGUCUAUGGAUGAAGCCCUUAGCAGUUACCCAGGUAUCGAGCAAAUCGGGACUAUUUUCGGUGUUACAGCAACAACUCUGAAUUUACCGGGAUUUGACAACUUUGUCUACCAAACACGACUAAGUGGUGAGAACGAUGACUGUGUGAACUGUAAGGACGGAAAGAAAUGCAACCAAGUUUGUGAGAACUGCACGAUGCUGAAAGCAGAAGACAUUAUAAACCAAAACCCUACAUACUCGUUCUCCAUCCAGGCAGCUGUGCAUGCCUUUGCACAUGCACUCCAUCAGGCACUGAACUGCAGCAUGGGAGCAUGUAAUACAUCUCAAGAUAUCCAACCUUAUGUUCUUCUGGGUUACCUGAGAAAAAUUAGCUUCACAUUGCAAAACCAGGAAAUUGAAUUUGACCAACAUGGAGAUCCACCAGCCAGUCUUGCAGUAGUACUCUGGAGGCCAAACAAAACUCCACUUUUUGUAAUGGCUGCUACAUAUGAAUCACACCCAACUAUUCAGUUUACCUUGAACAGUCGUGUUGUACCAUGGACCCAAAAUGGCACAGUGCCUUAUUCUAAUUGUUCCAUCCAGUGUGACACUGGUUUUAAAAGAGUGCAAACUUCAAUUCAUAAGUGCUGUUUUCAGUGUGAAAAAUGCCAAGCGCAGACGUUCAUCAAUACCACAGCGAAUGCUUACACUUGUUCCCCGUGUGAAGAGGGUUACUGGUCUGAUGAAAAGAGCAUAAUCUGCAAAAAGCGCACCAUUGUCUAUCUUCAGCUCUCCGACCCACUGAGCAUGAUAUUUUUAAUAUGUGCAGUGACCUUAAUUACCAUCUCCAUUGGACUCAUCAUCCUUUUUGGCAUCAACUACAACACUCCAGUGGUAAAGUCUGCUGGUGGUAUUAUGUGCUUGCUUAUGUUGUUCUGUUUGGUUCUGGCCAACAUUGGAGUUUUCUUUUACUUUGGGGUUCCAGACUCUGUGAAUUGUGCUUUAAGGAAUGUUUUUUUCAUAUUUUUCUACACUAUUUGCCUUUCUUGCAUGGGUGUACGUUCUUUCCAAAUUGUUUGCGUCUUCAAAAUGGCUGCACAGUUCCCAGACGUCUACCACUGGUGGAUGAAGAACAAUGCUCUUCACUUUUUCAACAUACAUGUCUGUGAGGCAACUGAAUUCAAUUUACGAGGGGACUAUAUACUCGGGGGGAUUUUUCCUGUACAUACUGCCAGUGAGACCAUAAUUCCAGCUGCUCCUAUGGCACUACAAUGCUACAAGCAGCCAUUUACAAUGUCAGGUUAUCAGAUGUUCGAGGUGAUGCGGUUUGCUGUGGAGCAGAUCAAUAACUCCAGCACCAUCCUGCCUAAUAUCUCUCUUGGAUAUGAGAUCUUCGACUUUUGCUUGCACAAUCAAAAUUUUCCUUCAAUCCUCGAUUUUAUUUCAGACAAUGGACGAAUAAAUGUGUCAGGAAAAGAGAACAAACAUAAUGUCAUUGGCCUUGUUGGUCCUUAUGGGAGCACAGAAGCUUUGGCCAUUGCACCCUUAUUCAUGAUGGACUUCAUUCCAAUGAUCAGCUAUGCUUCAUCAAGCUACGAUCUAAGCAACAAGUGGGUCUAUCCAAGUUUUUUGAGGACUGUACCAACCAACCAAGAUCUAAUUAUGGUCAUCAUUAAGCUCAUUCAGCAAUUUGGAUGGAAUUGGGUAGCUUUCAUAAGUAGCGAUGACUCAUACAGUCAGAAUGGCCUCGAUUUAUUUCGCAGUAGUAUCAAAGACACCAGCAUCUGCUUGGCCUUUUUCUAUGAAAUUACACUGACCUCCAAUUAUACAGAUAUACUAAAGAAGAUAGAAUCACUCAAUAUCAAUGUAAUCAUAGUCUUCACACUGGAAGACACUGCUCGAGCGAUUGUGAAAACAGCAAUCGAAAUCAACGUAAGAGAUAAAGUUUGGAUAGCAGGUGAUGCUUGGUCUAUGGAUGCAGAACUGUCCACUUGGCCUGGCAUUGAAAAAAUCGGGACUAUUUUCGGUGUUACAGCAACAACACUAAAUUUGCCUGGAUUUGAUGAAUUUAUCUACCAAACAAGACUCAGCGGUCAAAAAAAUAAUGACUGUGUGACUUGUGAGAAUGUAGGGAAGUGUAAUCAAGAUUGUGAGAACUGCUUAAGUGAAAGAGCAGAAGACAUUAUAAAGGAAAGCCCCACAUACUCGUUCUCCAUUCAGGCAGCUGUGUACAGUUUUGCCUACGCACUCCAUCAAGUCCUCAACUGUAGCAUGUCAGGAUGCGACCCAGCUCGAGACAUACCCCCAUAUGUGGUUCUGCAAAAUGUGAGACAAACAAGUUUCAUAUUACAAAACCAGGAUAUCAAGUAUAACCGAAAUGGGGAUCCUCCAGCCAGUCUUGCAGUAGUACUAUGGAGGCCACAAGAAAAUCCAUUAUUUGUUGUAGUGGCUGCAUAUAAAACCUACCCAACUGUUAAAUUCACCUUGAACAAUUACUUAGUUCCCUGGUCUGACAAUAGCACAGUGCCUUAUUCUAAUUGCUCCAUUGAAUGUGAAUCUGGUUAUAAAAGAGUACAAACUUCAAUACAUAAAUGCUGUUUCCAGUGUGAGAAGUGCAUGGGCCAGACAUAUAUCAACACCACAGCGAAUGCUUACACUUGUUUCCCGUGUGAAGAGGGUUACUGGUCUGAUGAAAAGAGCAUAAUCUGCAAAAAGCGCACCAUUGUCUAUCUUCAGCUCUCCGACCCACUGAGCAUGAUAUUUUUAAUAUGUGCAGUGACCUUAAUUACCAUCUCCAUUGGACUCAUCAUCCUUUUUGGCAUCAACUACAACACUCCAGUGGUAAAGUCUGCCGGUGGUAUUAUGUGCUUGCUUAUGUUGUUCUGUUUGGUUCUGGCCAACAUUGGAGUUUUCUUUUACUUUGGGGUUCCAGACUCUGUGAAUUGUGCUUUAAGAAAUGUUUUUUUCAUAUUUUUCUACACUAUUUGUCUUUCUUGCAUGGGUGUACGUUCUUUCCAAAUUGUUUGCGUCUUCAAAAUGGCUGCACAGUUCCCAGACGUCUACCACUGGUGGAUGAAAAACAAUGGUCAGUGGCUUUGUAUUAAUGUGUACUCUUUUAUACAGCUGGUUGCUUGUGGGAUAUGGCUUCUAACUGGAAGACCCAAACCCUACAAUGACAGUACAUCAUUUAAAGACCAGACGAUUCUAACGUGUGAUAUGGGGGAUCUGGUGGCCUCCACCUUGGCUUGGUCUUGUCUCUGGUUUCUAAGUAUAGUCUGUUUCUGUUUGUCCUACAUGGGCAAAGAUCUUCCAAAAAGUUACAAUGAAGCAAAAUCCAUUACGUUUAGCUUGCUUGUUUUUUACCUGGGUUGGAUUGCUUAUUUCACUGCAUACAUUGUCUUCAGAGGAGCUUACAUACAGCUUCUAAAUGCAGUAGCACAGCUGUCCAGUUCAUAUGGAAUCAUUGUUAGUUUCUAUAUGCCACGGGCGUAUAUCAUUAUUUUCCAACCCCAAAAGAACACCCAGGCAUACUUUCAGUCAUCAAUUCAAACAUAUACACAGACUAUUAGCAGGAUGUAGAUUUAUAGACAUCGACACCAACUGAAUUCUAGUUAACAUUUUCUGGUCUUCUUUGCCAAGUAAUUAUGAAAUCAUUAUAUCAAAAAAUAUUCAAAAUCUUUAAAAUUCUAUAUUUUAAGAUUCUCUUGCUUGUUAAUGGUACCGAACAAUUAAGUCAAACAAUAGUCUGUUACAUUAAUAAAUAACUAAUGCUUUUUUGUGAUCUAGAUUUAAAAUAGUAAUGUAAAUAUUUUUUUUUUCUGUUGAUUGCA